CUUGAGCAUACAUAUAUUAUUUUCAAGAGAACUGCAGAAUCAGUAGUGGAGUAAGAAGAGAAAGAAUGGGGCAAUCUGAUAGCAAGGUGAAGUCUAUCGAGGAAGGAAAGAGAGAAUCUGCUACAUCUUCUUCAACCGAGACAACAACUACCAAGGUCGUUAAUACCACAUUAUCUUCUGCAUCAAACAUUACAAAGAUAUUGCCCACUGGAAUAUUGUUUGUAUUUCAGGCUCUCUCAAACCUUCUUUCCGACAAUGGAGACUGCAAAACAUCCAACAAGGUUCUUGUUUCAAUAGCUGUGGGUAUUCUUGGGAUUGCGUGUUUUAUUUUGUCAUUGGUAGACACCUUCACUGAUUCUUCCACUGGCAAGGUUCACUAUGGGAUUGCUACUUUAAAUGGUUUAGCCACUGGUAGUAAAGUGAAGCCUUCUAAUGAAUCAAAUUAUAAGAUCACGCUCAAGGAUUUGUUCCAUGCAACUUUGGCUGUUGUGGUGUUUGCUGUGAUGGCCCUCACAGACCAAAACAUUGUGCAGUGUUUGUAUCCCUCUGCUGAAAGCAAUAUAAGGAAGAUGUAUAAGGCUAUCCCUAUUGUUGUGAGUGCAGUGAGUAGUGCUAUAUUAGUUUUGUUUCCUUGCAAACGCCAAGGAAUUAGCAGUCCCGUUAGCACUGCAACUACUACAACAACAUGAGGUUAAGAAACCAUCGUUAUAAGGAAUAGAGGUUAGAGUAUAUAGGCUGUUCCGUUCGCAUUGUGAAAUUUACCAGAAAAUUUCUGAACCCCUGAACUACUUCAUUCAUAUGUUGUAACUUGUCUUUACCUUGGUUUCUGUAUGUUUCAGGUAAGGUUCACUUUCAAACCACCUCAUUAGAUUUAUUCUUUUGUAUUGAUACUGUGAAAUAAGGACCACCAUCUAAGAUGAGCCAUGUUCUCCAGUUUAAAAAUUA